UGAGAGAGUCUCUACCCGAAGAAGCAGCAGCGAACUGAAAACUCAUAGCCAACGAUAAGAAAACGAAAACCCUAACGGCAACCCCCAAGGCGGCGCUCGGAUCGAAGACGGUGACACGAGAUGUAUCUCUACAGCUUAACCCUCCAGCAGGCGACGGGAAUCACCUGCGCGAUCAACGGCAACUUCUCCGGCGGAAAGGCGCAGGAGAUCGCCGUCGCUCGCGGCAAGAUCCUCGAUCUCCUCCGCCCCGACGAGAACGGUAAAAUCCAAACGAUUCACUCCGUCGAAGUCUUCGGCGCGAUCAGAUCCCUAGCUCAGUUUAGGUUAACCGGCGGCCAGAAGGAUUACAUAGUCGUAGGGUCGGAUUCGGGUAGGAUAGUGAUCUUAGAGUACAAUAAGGAGAAGAACGUUUUCGAUAAGGUUCAUCAGGAGACGUUUGGGAAGUCGGGGUGUAGGAGGAUAGUCCCUGGGCAGUACUUGGCGGUUGAUCCCAAGGGGAGGGCUGUGAUGGUUGGAGCGUGUGAGAAGCAGAAGCUUGUGUAUGUGUUGAAUAGAGAUACAGCUGCUAGGUUGACUAUUUCGUCUCCCUUGGAGGCUCAUAAGUCUCAUACGAUUUGUUACUCUGUGUGUGGUGUGGACUGCGGGUUUGAUAAUCCUGUGUUUGCGGCUGUUGAGCUUGAUUACUCUGAGGCGGAUCAGGAUCCGACGGGGCAGGCGUCUAGUGAGGCUCAGAAGCAUUUGACUUUCUACGAGCUUGAUUUGGGGUUGAACCAUGUUUCUAGGAAGUGGUCUGAGCCUGUUGAUAAUGGUGCGAAUAUGCUUGUGACUGUUCCUGGAGGAGCUGAUGGGCCGAGUGGGGUUUUGGUUUGUGCUGAGAAUUUCGUUAUUUAUAAGAACCAGGGUCAUGCGGAUGUGAGGGCUGUGAUUCCGAGGAGAGCUGAUUUGCCUGCUGAGAGAGGGGUGUUGGUGGUUUCUGCUGCUAUGCACAAGCAGAAGACGACUUUCUUCUUUCUUCUCCAGACCGAGUAUGGUGAUGUUUUCAAGGCUACUUUGGAUCAUGAUGGGGAUCAUGUGUCUGAGUUGAAGAUCAAGUAUUUUGACACUAUUCCUGUCGCUGCGUCCAUAUGUGUGUUGAAGCUGGGGUUUCUUUUCGCUGCUUCGGAGUUUGGGAACCAUGGUUUGUAUCAGUUUCAGGCGAUAGGGGAUGAGCCCGACGUGGAGUCUUCUUCCUCUAAUCUGAUGGAGACUGAAGAUGGGUUUCAACCUGUUUUUUUUCAGCCGAGAAGACUUAAGAACCUUGUUAGGAUUGACCAAGUCGAGAGUCUGAUGCCGCUCAUGGACAUGAAAGUCCUUAACCUUUUUGAGGAAGAAACCCCUCAGAUCUUUUCACUCUGUGGACGGGGUCCGCGAUCUUCUCUGAGGAUACUGAGGCCUGGUUUAGCCAUCAGCGAGAUGGCCGUCUCUCAGCUUCCGGGUCAGCCAAGUGCGGUGUGGACGGUGAAGAAGAAUGUGAGUGAUGAGUUUGAUGCGUAUAUCGUUGUCUCCUUCACCAAUGCUACCCUGGUUCUUUCAAUUGGUGAAACAGUCGAAGAAGUCAACGACAGUGGGUUUCUUGAUACCACCCCUUCCCUGGCCGUGUCUCUGAUUGGUGAUGAUUCGCUCAUGCAAGUCCAUCCCAAUGGUAUCCGCCACAUAAGGGAAGAUGGGCGUAUUAAUGAAUGGAGAACUCCUGGCAAGAGGUCGAUUGUCAAAGUUGGAUAUAACCGGCUUCAAGUGGUGAUUGCGUUGAGUGGUGGAGAGCUCAUUUAUUUUGAGGCAGAUAUGACUGGUCAGCUGAUGGAGGUGGAGAAACAUGAAAUGUCUGGAGAUGUGGCCUGCCUGGACAUUGCGCCUGUUCCUGAAGGAAGACAAAGAUCCCGUUUCCUUGCUGUGGGAUCCUAUGAUAAUACAGUGCGUAUUCUGUCUCUGGACCCAGAUGACUGUCUGCAGAUUCUCAGCGUGCAGAGUGUCUCUUCCGCUCCAGAGUCUUUGCUGUUCCUCGAAGUUCAAGCAUCAAUUGGUGGGGAUGAUGGUGCUGAUCACCCGGCUAGCCUCUUCCUUAACUCUGGUCUGCAGAACGGUGUUUUGUUCAGAACAGUGGUUGAUAUGGUGACUGGUCAGCUUUCUGAUUCUCGUUCUCGGUUCUUGGGGCUGAAGCCACCCAAGUUAUUCGCCAUUUCUGUGAGAGGUCGGUCUGCGAUGCUGUGUUUGUCUAGUCGACCUUGGCUUGGUUAUAUACAUCGGGGACACUUCCACUUGACGCCUCUCUCUUACGAGACUUUGGAAUUUGCUGCCCCUUUUUCAUCUGAUCAAUGUGCUGAAGGUGUUGUCUCUGUUGCCGGGGAUGCUCUCAGGAUUUUCAUGUUUGAUCGUCUUGGGGAAACGUUCAACGAAACCAUGGUUCCUCUGAGGUACACGCCUAGAAAGUUUGUUGUACAUCCCAAGAAGAAGCUGCUGGUUAUCGUUGAGAGUGACCAAGGAGCAUUUACCGCAGAAGAGCGUGAAGCGGCAAGAAAGGAAUGCUUCCAGGCCGGUGGAGCAGGAGAAAAUGGUAAUGGCAGCGCAGAUCAGAUGGAGAAUGGUGGGGACGAUGAGGAUAAGGAAGACCCACUCUGUGAUGAGCAGUAUGGUUAUCCCAAAGCAGAGUCAGAAAAGUGGGUCUCUUGCAUCAGAGUUGUUGACCCUAAGACAGCUGAUACAACUUGUCUACUGGAACUUCAAGACAACGAAGCUGCUUACAGUGUCUGUACAGUGAAUUUCCACGAUAAAGAGUAUGGUACUUUGCUGGCUGUUGGCACAGUCAAAGGGAUGCAGUUCUGGCCCAAGAAGAGACUAGUGGCUGGGUUCAUACAUAUUUAUAGGUUUGUGGAGGAAGGGAGAAAACUUGAGCUGCUUCAUAAGACUCAAGUAGAAGGUGUUCCUCUUGCAUUAUGCCAGUUCCAGGGAAGACUGCUGGCAGGAAUCGGACCUGUGCUUAGGUUGUAUGACUUGGGAAAAAAGAGACUGCUUAGGAAAUGUGAAAACAAGCUCUUCCCAAACACCAUCAUCUCUAUCCAAACUUACCGUGACCGUAUCUACGUUGGAGACAUUCAAGAGUCAUUCCAUUACUGCAAGUACAGGCGCGAUGAGAAUCAGUUAUACAUAUUUGCCGAUGACUGUGUGCCGAGAUGGCUGACAGCAUCGCACCAUGUGGAUUUCGACACCAUGGCAGGUGCAGACAAGUUUGGGAAUAUCUACUUUGUGAGGCUGCCUCAGGAUGUGUCGGAGGAGAUUGAAGAAGACCCGACAGGCGGGAAGAUCAAGUGGGAGCAAGGAAAGCUUAACGGAGCACCAAACAAAGUGGACGAGAUUGUGCAGUUUCACGUCGGGGACGUUGUGACGUGCUUGCAGAAAGCUUCGAUGAUCCCAGGUGGAUCAGAAUCAAUCAUGUAUGGGACAGUGAUGGGUAGCAUCGGAGCAUUGCAUGCAUUCACAUCCCGUGAUGAUGUUGAUUUCUUCUCUCAUCUGGAGAUGCACAUGAGGCAGGAGUAUCCUCCUCUCUGUGGGAGAGACCAUAUGGCUUACAGAUCUGCCUAUUUUCCAGUCAAGGAUGUGAUAGAUGGAGAUCUCUGCGAGCAGUUUCCAACACUUCCAAUAGAUUUGCAGAGGAAAAUAGCAGAUGAGUUGGAUAGAACACCUGCUGAGAUUCUCAAGAAGCUUGAAGAUGCUAGGAACAAGAUCAUUUAGUUCGUUUGUUUGUAGUGUGCUCUGCCUAGGUGAGAACUGAUGAAUGUUUGUUCUUCUACUGCUGUUACAAUGUGUGAAAUUUUCAAAUUGGUCAUUGUGUAAACCACUAUUUCAGCUUACAACUUGGAUCGUAGCAUACACUUUUUCCACUAUUUGCUAUAUUUUAGUUUGGGUGUA